AUGAACGGGGGAGAUGGCACCUUCAGUUACGCUAAAAAUUCCUGCUAUCAGAGAGAAGCAGUGGAUGCUGCCAAAAGAAUGCUUACAGACGCCAUCUUAGAGAAGUUCGCCAUGGAAGGAUGCUUCCCCUUUGGCUGCUUCAGCCCCACCGUCAGGAUCGCCGAUUUUGGAUGUUCCGUCGGACCCAACACAUUCCGAGCAGUAGAAAACAUCAUGGAAGCCAUAGAACUCAAACACAAAACCACCACCGAACAAAACCCUAAAACCCUAGAAUUCCAGGUCUUCUUCAACGACCUCUCGAACAACGAUUUCAACACGCUCUUCACCACCCUCCCGACCUCCCGCCGGUACUUCGCCGCCGGCGUGCCUGGUUCCUUCCACGCCCAGCUGUUUCCCAAGGCCACAAUCCAUCUCGCGCACUCGUCUUAUGCGCUGCACUGGCUUUCCAGGGUGCCAAACGAAGUCGUCGAUAGAAACUCCCCCAUUUGGAACAAAGGAAGAGUUCAUUACACCGGUAAUGCAGAGAUGGUGGCGGUUUAUUCGGAUCAGUUCAAGAGGGAUAUGGCGGCGUUCCUAAGCUCUAGAGCCGAAGAGAUUGUGGAAGGAGGGCUGUUGCUGCUGCUUCUUCCUGCUUGUGAAGAUGGCGUCCUUCCUUCUGAGACGUGUGCUAGUUUGCAGUUUGGUCUCUUUGGAUCCUGCCUCGUAGACAUGGCCAAGAUGGGAAUGAUCAAUGAAGAAAAAGUGGACGACUUCAACUUGCCGCUGUACUAUACAUCGCCGAGGGAGCUGAGGGACGUGAUAGAGGCGAAUGGAGAGUUUGAGAUGGAGAGUAUGGAGAGCUUUAACCCCUACGUGGUGGAAGACUUGCCUGAUCUCCCUAAGCUGGCCAAGCACUUCAGAGCUGCUGUGGAGGGGCUGCUUGCUCGACACUUCGGAAGCCAGAUUAAUGUCGGGGAGUUGUUCCGACGCUACGUUGACAAAAUGGCUGCAAAUCUCGGUAUCUUUGACUUUCACAAGACUAGCAGAGAGUUCCUCAUUUUUGCAUGUCUCAAGCGCAAAGUACCCUCCGACUAG